CACCAGCCGUUUCCCAAUGACCAUGCGCAACAGGCCAGGUGGGAGCCUAUGGAAAACACAGGACUUUCGCAAAGCAGGACAAACGCAUUCCGGGAAUCGUAGUUCUGCGCCCUUGCGCAGGCGCAGUGGCUCUUCGCGGGCUUGCGCGCGCAGCUCCUGCAGGACCAGCUUCUAGAAGCUCAUUGCGGUGGCGUUGGUCUUGACUGCGGGUGCUGAUGCAGUUUCUGCAAGACCAUAAGCUGAAUGCCUGGAACCCUUGAUAUUUUGCUGUCCCUAGUGCCUGUCGGUGGACUGUACUGUUAAUUCACCUAGAGUCUGAAGGGGACUGUAUUCCUGCUGGUGAUACAUUUGCAAGCUGUAGUACCUUGGACGAGAUGACAGCCAUCUCCCCGGACCCUCAAAGUCUGGCCUCAAGUGAACCAAACAAGGUCCUAAGAAUGGAUACUCCUGGGGAUCAAGAAGCUAUCCGGAGAGGAGACGCGACUGACCCAGAGACUUUUAGACAGAGGUUCAGGUGGUUUUGUUACUCAGAAGUGGCUGGACCCAGAAAAGCCCUGAAUCAGCUCUGGGAGCUCUGCAUUCAGUGGCUGAGACCAGACAUCCAUACGAAAGAACAGAUUUUAGAGCUUUUGGUGUUUGAGCAAUUCCUGACCAUUUUGCCUGGGGAGAUCAGGAUAUGGGUAAAGUCACAACGUCCUGAGAGUAGUGAGGAAGUAGUGACCCUCAUAGAGGAUUUGACCCAAACACUUGAAGAAAAGGAAGAUCCAGCCUCUCAAGAGUCUGUUAUUUCUGAAGAGGAGAACCCUGAAGAAAAUAAAAUGGUUUCUGUCCUUCCAAGUGCUGAGUCCCGGGAGUCCAUAACAUUCAAGGAUGUGGCUGUGAACUUUUCCAGAGGAGAGUGGAGAAAACUGGAGCCUUUUCAAAAGGAGCUCUUUAAGGAAGUGCUACUGGAGAACUUUAGGAACCUAGAAUUUUUGGGCUUUGCAGUUUCCAAAUUAGAUUUGAUUUCCCAGCUUAAGUGGGUUGAACUGCCAUGGCUGCUGGAAAAAGAAGUCUCAAAAGGCUCCAGACCAGAGUGUGAACCUAGAGGUGAAUUGAAGGAAUCCUUUCGAAAUCAAGAUGCUCUCCUGGAUGAAUCAACUUUAAAUAAAAUAAUAGAAAGAUGCCUAAUGGGUGGGGAUCAUGGCUUAAUGGGAGAAUCCCGGAAGCGUAGCAGUAAGGAAUAUUCACAAGGCGCAGUCACACAAAAGAAAACUCAUGGGAGAGGCAGUAAGGGUGAGGAAUUUGAUCCAGAUAAGAGCCCCUUUGGAAGUAAUUUCAAACAAACCUCGGACAUAAUUAAACAUCUGAGAGUCUACUUAAGGAAGAAAUCUCGGAAGUAUAAUGAAUGCAAGAAACCCUUCAGUUUUCAUUCAGACCUUAUGAACCGCAAAGAACACACUGGAGAAAAGCCACGGAAAUGUAACGAAGGCAGGAAAGCCCUAGGUCACUCUUCAUCUCUUACUGAACAUCAGAAACAUCAGAAAAUGGGGAGGAAUUUGGGGAGGAAGGCCCAGAAAUGCAGUAACUGUGGGAUAGCCUUUACACGAAGCUUGUCCCUUACUAAGAGAAGAAACUGCACUAUAUGUGAAAAAUGUUGGAAAAAUCUACAUCAAGAUGCAUCCUCAGAUAAAGAUGAGGGAGCUGAGAUGGGAGAGAAGACCCACAAAUGUAGCAAAUGUGGAAAAGCCUUCGGCUAUAGUGCCUCCCUGACCAAACAUAGGAGAAUUCACACAGGGGAAAAACCCUAUAUGUGCAAUGAAUGUGGAAAAGCUUUCAGUGACAGUUCAUCCCUCACGCCACAUCACAGAACUCAUAGUGGAGAGAAACCCUACAAAUGUGAUGAUUGUGGAAAAGCUUUCACCCUGAGUGCCCACCUCAUUAAACAUCAGAGAGUUCAUACUGGAGAAAAACCCUACAAAUGUAAAGAAUGUGGGAGACCCUUCAGUGACAGUUCAUCUCUUAUUCAACAUCAGCGAAUUCAUACUGGAGAAAAACCCUACACGUGUAACAAUUGUGGAAAGUCCUUCAGUCACAGCUCAUCCCUUUCCAAACAUCAGAGGAUUCAUACUGGAGAGAAACCCUAUAAAUGUGGUGAAUGUGGAAAAGCCUUUAGACAGAAUUCUUGCCUUACUCGACAUCAGAGAAUCCACACUGGAGAAAAACCCUAUUUGUGUAAUGACUGUGGGAUGACUUUCAGCCAUUUUACAUCUGUCAUUUAUCACCAGAGGCUUCAUUCGGGAGAAAAACCCUACAAGUGUACCCAGUGUGAGAAAGCCUUCCCUACCCAUUCACUCCUCAGUCGUCAUCAGAGAAUUCAUACUGGUGUAAAACCUUAUAAAUGUAAAGAGUGUGGAAAAUCGUUCAGUCAGAGUUCAUCUCUCAAUGAACAUCAUCGAAUUCAUACUGGAGAGAAGCCCUAUGAAUGUAACUACUGUGGAGCAACCUUCAGCCGCAGCUCAAUCCUGGUAGAACACCUAAAAAUUCAUACUGGAAGGAGAGAAUAUGAAUGUAACGAAUGUGAAAAGACAUUUAAGAGUAACUCAGGCCUCAUUAGACAUCGGGGAUUUCACUCUGGAGAGUAG